AUGGCAAAAUCAUCACGGCGCUCAGGUCGCGGCAAGACGCCAUCUUCAUCCGGAGCCUCGACACCAAGCUCCGCCUCCUCAGGCCCGAUCCCACCAUUCACCAAAGUUCCGCAAGCCUUGCAACCGUUCGUCGAGCAACUCUCCCCGGACGAAGUAUACCUAGUGCACAUCGACACCACAGCAGAGGAACUGAAACGACAGACCUUCACCGUACCCCUUAUCGUCAACCUGAUAGUAACUGCUAUACUUGGCCUACGGGUGUACAUGGGAAUUAGUACGUAUCCAGCGCUCGUGGGAACAUUGAUCGGGCUCAAAAAUUCCAUGACUGUGGACACGUCUACCCCGUGGCCAGAAGCGGUACGAAUCAUCCUGUGGCGGACUGGAAAUAUAUGCGUCGACUACUUCCUCGUGUCCCUGCUGUGGUCGUGGCCUGUUAAUUUCGUCAGAGGGCCGUUGCACUGGCGUCGUGCCAUCGGUUUCCUUGAGCGAGAAAUCAUCGUCCGCCGCAGUAACCGCAGUUGGAGCAAGGAGCUAGAGCGCAACCGGUGGAUCCGCGACGACGAGGCGCGUCGCGAUAAGAUCGUCGCCGCGGUGACUCCCGAGCGAAUCGCCAAGACUGGUUACUUGCUCGUGGACGAGGAUUGGAAUUUAGACUAUGCGGCUAUGGUUCGUGCUCAUGGUCUUGUUGAGCGCACUCGCAGAACCGAUGGUGUGAAGAUGGAUGAAUUCCGCACUGCCGUGCUGGUUAACACUGAUGCUGACGGUUGGUUGAUCUGGCGUGUUGGGGAUGAUAAUACCCCCACCAGCCAAAAAGACUCCGUUCAGCGCGACCAACUCCUUGCCUUCAAGGACAAGUUGGCCGAUAUGGGCAAGGAGGAUCUCUUCCUGCGUUGGGUCGAGCUAAUUCAAUGGGAGAGCUCGCGGCCUGGUGGUUUCACUGUGGAACGGCAACGGUCUGCGAUGAUGCAAGCGAAGCAGAUGUUUGAAGACGAGAACGUGGAUUUCAGCCAAUUUUGGCAUGACAUGGGUGGCAUGGAAGGCGUGGAAGGAUUAGACCCGGGUUCCAGUUGA